UGAAGAGCUGUUCUGAUCUUAGCCUGACAGCCUCAGCAUAAAGAACUCCAAAUAAAUUAAUCACUAAGAAGUAAGGGCAGUUUCCAUUCCCCCAAAGUGAGGUCUUGCUAUGUCCCUCUGGAUGGAAUACGGCUCCUUCCACAGAGACCAGACUAUGGACAGCCUUGAGAGGCAGCUCAUUUGCCCAAUCUGUCUUGAAGUCUUCACCAAGCCAGUAGUAAUACUUCCUUGCCAACAUAAUCUUUGUCGCAAGUGUGCAAAUGACAUUUUUCAGCCUUCUUUGUUUCAGGCCAGAGGGACUACGGUGGGAGCAGGAGGUCGAUUCCGGUGUCCAUCCUGUCGCCAUGAGGUAGUUCUGGACAGACAUGGGGUAUAUGGCCUUCAGAGAAACUUACUGGUGGAGAAUAUCAUUGAUAUUUACAAGCAGGAGUCAUCAAGCACACGCCCACUGCCAAAACCAGGCCAGCCCACUUGUGAAGAGCAUGAGGAUGAGAAGGUGAACAUCUACUGCAUUUCAUGCUCAGUGCCAACUUGUUCACUCUGCAAAGUGUUUGGCUCCCACAAAGAAUGUGAGGUUGCCCCUCUGCCAGAUGUCUACAAGGAACAGAAGUCGGAACUCAGCGAUGGGAUUGCUGCUCUUGUAAGUGCAAACGACAGAGUUCAAGCUUUUAUACAUCGCCUUGAGGGAACCAAUAAAAAUAUAGAGGAAAACUGCAAAACCCAAAAGCAGCUGCUGAGUGAGAAAUUUGACCGAAUGUAUGCAAUUCUGGAGGAGAGGAAGAAAAUCAUGAUGCAGAGAAUCACAUAUGAGCAGGAGGAGAAGACCAGCAAGACGGGUAGCUGGAUGCAGUCCUAUGCCACACAUAUUGCCACCACUUCCAAGCUGGUGGAGACGGCCUUGCAGUCAAUGGAAGAGUCGCAGAUGGCUGUUUUCCUGCAGAAUGCAAGAAGUUUGAUUCACAAAAUCGCUGAGGCCACACAAGACUUAACUGUGGAAGAGCUGGAGCAGGGCUUUGAAAACAUGGAUCACUACAAAGUGGACUUUAAUGCUGAGGAGAGAAUUCUGUAUCAGCUUGAUUUUGUAAAAAAUGAUGAUGACACAGAGGAAGUGACAGAAGAAGAACCGGAUCAUUGCGUAACGGAGGAGACAGAGAGCUCAACGGUAAAGUUGUACCAGAGCGAUGGAGCCAGUGAGGUCAAAGGCCAAACUGAAGAGCUGAGUGUGGUAAAGGGUCCGUAUUCAGAGGCGUCCAACAUGGGUGGAGGUCUUGCACAGCAGGCUGACCUGAAGGGGGAGCAGAAUGGCAAUGACUUAGAAAUUCAAGGACUUUUGGCAGAAGCCAGUGAAGAUACCAAACUCUAUCCUGACUGGUACAAGUCCAAUUCCUGGCAGUUAAUAACUCCAAGCCUAAUGCUCACAAGUGACAACCAAGAUGGUGCAAGUUCAGAUGUGAAUACCGCAUCAGCUGCACCCCAGGACAGGAAGGAGUCCUGGGUCUCUCCUGAUUUCAUGCCAGUUGCUUCUGGUGAUCCUCCCCAUGCCAAUUUAGCAAUAUCUGAUUUGGAAUCUGCCCAUGGGUUUGUAUCAGUUGCUGCCGAGUCCCAGCCUGCACAUGAAACUCUGGAAGGUCAUGAUGUUGUACCUUCUGAAGAUACGCAGUGUGAACAUCAAACCUCAUCCACAGCCUCCGUCCCUCACCAGUCGGCAGUGUCUGGAGUAGCCAACACUGAUUUGAAUCGCCACGUCUUCUCCUUUUCAUGGCUGAACUCUUUUUCGAAGCGACGAAAGUGAAUAAGGAUCCAGUUUUGGAAGUUGUGAUUCUGGACACUUUUGUUGAAAUUGCACGGACUUAUGGGAAGUGCUGGUGGUAAAGUAACUGGGCUGAACAGGAUGGAAUGACCACUGAGGGAGAAACCGGGCUCCAAGGCUGAGCUGGAGACGAAUAGAGAGCUAAGCUUUAUGUACUUUUCAGAGUUAACAGUCCGAUUUUAUACAUCUUGUACUUAAUGGCUGUUUGGAUCAGGUCAAAGAUACAAGUGACAACUUGCUUUGGGAUUUUUGUGAACACAGGGGUCACAGAUCUUCAGUUUCUUUCGGUAAAGAUUUACAUGAAGAUAUUAAAUGGCAAGACUGAAAUGUAUGUGAGCUCAAAUUUGCUUAAAAGCUUAUGCUUCAAAAAAUAUAAAAAAGAAUGAAAUGUUGUAUGAUUUUAAAAAUAGUUGAACUGAGCAUUAAAGGGUUCUGCCAUGAGCUGUACAUGAAGAAUACCGCACUGUUUCCAUUGGCAAAUCUUUCGUCUUGUGAUCUUCAUGUGCUUUGCUGUGCAAAGAGCUUUGUAAUG